GGGCCUGCUCCCUCAGCCCCGAGGAUGGCGGCCCCAGCGGCGGCCGCGCCGACCCAGCUGGAAGCCGAGCUCUACUACCUGAUCGCCCGCUUCCUCCAGUCCGGCCCGUGCAAGAAAUCCGCCCAGGUGCUGGUGGAGGAGCUGGAAGAGCACCAGCUGAUCCCAAGACGUCUGGAUUGGCAGGGCAAGGAGCACCGAAGGAGCUUUGAAGAUCUGGUGGCAGCUAAUGCACACAUCCCUCCGGACUACCUUCUCAAAAUCUGCGAGCGGAUUGGACCUUUGUUGGACAAGGAGAUCCCACAGAGCGUACUUGGGGUGCAGACUUUACUGGGAGUGGGGCGGCAGUCCUUGCUGAGGGCAGCGAAAGACUGCAGACACACGGCAUGGAAGGGCUCGGCAUUUGCAGCUCUGCACAGAGGCCGGCCUCCCGAACUACCUGUGAACUAUGGGAAACCACCAAACGUGGUAAGUCUCAUCUGUGCCAGGCAUGUAACUGGAUAUGGGCGCUUUGGCCAUUUGUUCCCAACAUCCUUCUAUCAGCACAUCAAGAUGCACAAGAGGAUUUUGGGACACUUAUCAUCUGUGUAUUGUGUUGCAUUUGAUCGGAGCGGGCGGCGAAUUUUCACGGGCUCUGAUGAUUGCUUGGUAAAAAUCUGGGCUACGGACGAUGGGCGUCUGCUCUCAACACUCCGAGGCCAUUCGGCUGAAAUUUCUGACAUGGCUGUUAGCUAUGAAAACACGCUACUUGCUGCAGGCAGCUGUGACAAGGUAGUCAGAGUCUGGUGUCUUCGAACUUGUGCUCCUGUUGCGGUGCUGCUGGGCCACUCAGCUUCCAUUACUUCCAUACAGUUUUCUCCAGCCAGAAAAGGAACAACUCGAUACCUCACUUCUACUGGUGCUGACGGAACUAUCUGCUUCUGGCAAUGGCAUUUGAACACAAUGAAAUUUAAGGAUCGGCCAGUUAAAUUUACUGAGAGAUCAAGACCUGGCGUUCAGAUAUCUUGUUCAUCUUUCAGCUCGGGUGGCAUGUUUAUUGCAACAGGGAGCACUGACCAUGUGAUAAGAAUAUAUUACCUGGGCUCUGAAUCUCCAGAGAAAAUUGCAGAGUUAGAAUCUCAUACGGACAAAGUCGUUGCCGUUCAGUUCUGCAACAACGGAGACAGGCUGCGGUUUGUCAGUGGAAGCAGAGAUGGCACAGCAAGAGUGUGGCAAUACCAGCAGCAAGAAUGGAAGGACAUAGUGUUGGAUAUGGCUACCAAGAUGGCUGGGAAUAGUGUUGUGUCUGGAGAGGACAAGGUGUCUAAGCUGAAGGUGACCAUGGUUGCUUGGGAUCGGUAUGAUUCCACCGUUAUCACCGCAGUCAACAAUUUCCUCUUGAAAGUGUGGAAUUCUUCUACAGGGCAGCUUCUUCACACCUUAUCUGGCCACGAUGAUGAAGUAUUCGUUUUGGAAGCUCACCCAUUUGACCAAAGGAUCAUGCUCUCUGCAGGCCACGAUGGGAACAUUUUUAUUUGGGACCUCGAGAAAGGAACAAAAAUCCGCAAUUACUUCAACAUGAUUGAAGGCCAAGGCCAUGGUGCAGUGUUUGAUUGCAAAUUUUCCUCCGAUGGACAACAUUUUGCCUGCACAGAUUCGCAUGGACAUCUGCUGCUAUUUGGUUUUGGAUGCAAUAAAUUUUAUGAAAAGAUUCCGGAUCAGAUGUUCUUCCAUACAGAUUAUCGCCCCUUGAUCCGUGACGCUAAUAACUAUGUGCUGGAUGAACAAACUCAGCAAGCCCCACAUCUCAUGCCUCCCCCCUUCUUGGUAGAUGUGGAUGGAAAUCCCCACCCCACUCGAUACCAACGGCUUGUUCCAGGGCGGGAGAACUGUAAAGAUGAACAACUCAUUCCUCAGCUGGGAUAUGUUGCAAAUGGUGAUGGAGAGGUGGUAGAGCAAGUGAUUGGGCAGCAAACCAAUGACCACGAAGAGAGCAUCCUCGAUGGAAUGAUCCGAGAGCUGCAACGAGAACAAGAUAUGAGAAGGCGUAGUGAAAGCGAAGCUCCUUCAGAUCCUCCACAGAACAGAUCACAUCCUGUUAGCAUUUUGAGAAGUCCAAGUUUGGAUCUUGCUUCUCCACCAAACGUCGGGCUGAGACGGAGCGGUCAGAUUGAAGGCGUCAGGCAGAUGCAUCACAAUGCCCCGAGAAGUCAGAUAGCCACGGAGAGAGAUCUCAUGGCAUGGAGCAGGAGAGUCGUGGUGAAUGAGCUGCAUCCUGGGGUCAGCAGAGUCCAGGAAGAAUGCCGAGCUGCCAAAGGUGAAUUAGAAAUCCAUCUGUACACAUCUGAAAAGAAGAGGAAGCCUUCCCACACUUUACAAAGGAGUGAUUAUCAACCUGGCAGUGGACGGUCUUUGCGAAGAAAUCAACGCAAGCGCCAGCAUGCUUACCAAACACGCUCCACCAUAGAACAUCAUUCCCAAGGUGCAAGGAGAAAUUCACAUACCCAGGAAGAUUCUGAAAGCUCCUCUGAGGAAGACAACACAGCUGGCACAAGCGAUGCGUCUGUAGAUGACAACGUGGCUGCGUGGCAAAGUGAAAGCAGUUCCAGUGAUUCAUCCAGUGAAUACUCCGACUGGACUGCAGAUGCCGGGAUUAACCUCCAGCCUCCGAAGAGACAAACAAGACAAGCUACCCGCAAAAUCUGUAGCAGCUCUGAAGAUGAAAACACGAAAGAUACAAAAGGGCAAGAAGAAAAACGCAAGAAAUCCAAGCAGACACGAAAAAAGAAACCCAGCGGACUGCUUUCAAUGGACGGAGAACCCACAGAGGAAUGGUUUGCUCCCCACUGGAUAUUGGAUACCAUCCCACGACGUUCCCCUUUUGUCCCACAAAUGGGAGAUGAGAUCAUCUAUUUCAGACAAGGGCACGAAGCUUACGUGCGUGCAGUACGAAAGGCAAAAAUUUACAGCGUCAACUUGCAAAAGCAGCCAUGGAAUAAAAUGGAACUCAGGGAACAAGAAUUUGUGAAGAUUGUGGGGAUUAAGUACGAAGUUGGACCACCUACCCUUUGCUGCUUGAAGCUUGCCUUUCUUGAUCCGAUCUCAGGCAAAAUGACUGGCGAAUCAUUUUCCAUUAAGUACCAUGACAUGCCAGAUGUUAUUGAUUUCCUUGUGUUGCAUCAGUUUUACAAUGAAGCCAAAGAAAGGAACUGGCGGAUUGGUGACAGAUUUCGAAGCAUAAUAGAUGACGCAUGGUGGUUUGGAACAGUAGAGAGCCAGCAACCAUUCCAGCAGGAAUAUCCUGAUAGUUCUUUCCAGUGCUACAGCGUUCACUGGGACAACAAUGAAAGAGAAAAAAUGAGCCCCUGGGAUAUGGAGCCUAUUCCAGAAGGAACUGCUUAUCCGGAAGAGGUUGGUGCAGGAGUCCCCGUGACGACGGAGGAGCUGGCAUCUCUGCUGUACAAGCCCCAGGAAGGCGAGUGGGGGUCCCAUUCCCGAGAUGAAGAAUGCGUGCGGGUCCUUCGAGGCAUCGAUCAGCUUUUGUCCCUAGAUAUUUCAAAUCCCUUUGCUGUCCCAGUGGACCUUAGUGCCUAUCCUCUGUAUUGCACUGUAGUAGCUUACCCAACUGACCUCACCACGAUUAGGAGAAGACUUGAAAACAGAUUUUACAGGAGAAUAUCGGCACUAAUGUGGGAGGUACGAUAUAUUGAACAUAAUGCUAGGACUUUCAAUGAGCCCGACAGUCCUAUAGUUAAAGCAGCCAAAAUCGUAACAGAUGUCUUACUUCGAUACAUUGGGGAUCAGAGUUGUACAGAUAUCUUGGAGAUCUACAACAAAGUGAAGGCAGAAGAUUUGAGCAGCACAGAUGAGGAAGAGGAGGUGGCAGAAGUCUAUGCAGAGUCAGAUGGUCCAGGAACCUCUGCUGGGAAAAGAACUGUAAGAUGGCAGCUAAAAAGGCAACCCAACAAAGCCUGCGCCGAUGCCUGGAAGGAACAGUGCAAACAGUUGUUAAGCCUGAUCUACGAACGUGAAGACUCUGAGCCUUUUCGGCAGCCUGUCGAUCUCUUUUCCUAUCCUGAUUACCGAGAUAUUGUAGAUACUCCAAUGGACUUCAGCACUGUGAAAGAAACCUUGGAAGCGGGAAAUUACACAAACCCCCUCGAAUUCUACAAAGAUGUUCGCUUGAUAUUCUGCAAUUCCAAAGCAUACACUCCUAAUAAGAAGUCACGGAUCUACAGCAUGACACUUCGAUUAUCAGCCUUAUUUGAAAAUCAUAUUAAAACUAUCAUUUCGGAUUACAAGUCAGCAGUGCAGCAUCAGAAGAGAAGGCCACGUCUACGGUACCGAAAACGACUCCGAAGCAGCAGCAGUUCUUCUUCUAGUAGCAGGGCACCCAGCCCCAAAGGAAAACAAAAACAACCGAAGAUACAGCCUAAAACCAACCUGAAUACCUCACUGCCUUUAACUAGGACUAAUUCUUCAGUUUCAUCUCAUGUUUCAGAUACUACUGAGGAACCGCCAGGCUCAGCUGCCGCCGAAGAGAUGGAAAGCCAGCCAUCCUCAUCUGGCUCAAACAAUCAGAAUCGUAGUGGAAAUAACAAUGUUGAGCCCGGAAAAAACAGACUAGUAAGAAAUAAAUCCACUCCAGUCAAACAAGAUCAGCCUCUUGAUAAGCCCCUCACAAAUGGUGAUGGUAGAGAACCACGGACAGCAGUCAAGCGAAAGUUGUCAAGCGCAUCAGAAGAGGAUGAGCACACAGGGGAGGAAGAAAAGAGAGAACCGAAAGAGAAACCAGGUUUAUCCUCCUCAGAAAGUGGGGACUCAGGAUCGAGCUCAAGUUCUGAAAGCAGAUGUGGCUCGGAUUCGGACUCAGAAUCGAGUGGUAGAACGGAUCAGGACUAUGUAGACGGAGACCAUGACUACAGCAAAUCUGUACAAGUGAAACCGAAGAGGAAACUUCGACGGAGCAUCUCCAAUGGGCAAAGAAACUGGCAAGGCAGGGGGACAGGGAGGAGGGGGAGAUGGGGCAGGUGGGGCAGGUGGAGCCGAGGGGGACGAGGCAGUAGGGGAGGGCGAGGCUGUGGCCGAGGAAGGAGAGGAGGCAGAGGAGGAAGAAGAGGACGGGGGAGAGGAGCCUGCAGGGGAGCUUCCAGAGCCAAGAGGCCACGGAUCACCGAUGAUGAGUUUGAGAAUCUUUUUGGUGGACGCUUCAAUGAGAACACACUCGGUGGGCGGUUCGGCAGGCCACCUCGGAUUAAAACCAGGAACGAAGGCAGGCGGACCGUUUUAUAUAAUGAUGACUCGGACAAUGACACUUUUGUGCACACCGAGGAUCCCCUGAAUCUUGGUACUUCCAGGUCAGGCAGGGUACGGAAAAUGACAGAAAAGGCCAGGGUCAGCCAUCUCAUGGGAUGGAAUUACUGAUAAGGGGGGGAAUCCAUGGAAGUGAACAAUGGUGUUAGGACUUCAAUGGCCUUCUACUGCAGGGAUUUUGCCAGAAAAAAACUCUACUAAGCAAAUUGUGGGGGGGAGGGACUCCACUCACGUUUUUCUGUGGUGCUUUUCCAUUUUGCUCGUAUGGUUUUUUUUGUGUGAUUGAAGACUUCUGAUUGCCACAUGCUCUUGGCCGAAAGAAGCCUUAUCCAUAACUUCUUCCCCACACUACACGUCCAUUUUGUCCCAGGGCCAUGGCAUUGAAUCAUGAUGGUGAAGCCUCCUGGUUCAUUUUUGUUUUGUUUGGGGGGAUUUUUUUUUGUGCAUUAUAGAAACAGCACCUUCUUACAGAGUUUUUAAAAACAUUGUCUGCCAUCAUGAAUUCCUUACACACCAUAAUAACUUUUGCACAAUAAGCCGAUCCUAAAGGCAGCUAUAAAAUGUUUACAGUUUCUCUAUUGUGCGAAGGAUCUGGAUUAUUUUAAAUCUUACCAGGCCAAACUUCCAUGAAUCUGUGCAGAACUGAAAUGCAUUCAUACAUGGGUGUCUUGAUACGCUUUUCCCCACUGGUUUUUAGUUUCAUGUUUUAAAAAGAGAGAGAAAGAGAAAGGGUUGGUGCCUUGUAAAUACGUAGCAGACCUUUGAUGUGCGAUUCUAACACAUGCAUUAACAUUAUUUAAAAAGGAAUACUUGAGAAUGGUGAAUAUCUAGAUUUAAAGGUGCCAAAUGCAGAAGUUCUUUACGUCUAUUUUCUUUCCUCUGCCUGGAUAUUUUUAUAGCAUUAACAGAGAUUGCCACUAAGAUGUUAGUAUCAGUAAUGCAAGGUCUUCUCUUCACAGUCAUCUUUUUUUCCUUCAGAAAUUUUCUGACUCACAGUUAAUGGAAACUUUACAAAGAUAACAUUAUUGCAGUCACAUUAUUGGAGGAAAAGCAAUGAGUUUUCUAGUAGGAGCAGAGCCGUUCAUGACACUACAAAGAACUAGUGUGUGUGUGUAGGGGAGGUUUGCAAUGGAGUUCAAGCAGAAACAAGACAGUUUUCACAGAUAACUUGGUUCAUACAGUCAGUUGAGCUUUGUAAGUAUCCACCUACUUACCCUAUGAUUCUUUUUUAUAAAUUUAUCCAUAAAACAUUAACCUCCCUUAUUAACCUGUUGUAAUUGUGCUGUUGUAACUGCAUGUUUUAAACCAUAGUGACAACUCAGACUUCCAGAUCAGGUGUUCUGGUACCCAGAUAUUGCUGAUUGGAGGGGCGUUCCAGUGCUCACGCACACACGACUCCCUGCCUUUAAGGUCUGCCCCAUUCACAUCAAUGAAAGGGAACCAAUUCAGUGUCUGUCCAUUCUUUUUUUGCACUGCCAGUUGGAUACCUCCAUUGCAGUAAAGAAGGAACCCCACAAACGUGAUGGUUUCAUGUACUUCUGGAUGGGGAUGCUGGCAUAUGGUUUAAUGAUGAUAUUGAAAAAGAGUAUUGUACGUUAGUUACAACCGCAAUUAACAGUCCAUUAACACAUAUGAUGCUAAAAGGGAAGUCUAGGGGAGAGGACCAUUCUUUUCUUGACCACCAUAAUUAAUUGAAUUGUAUGCCAUUUUUUAUAUUAAAUCAAAUUGCAUUUUCCUGAUUUUGUAAUUCAGAGUGUCAGAUCGCUACGGAGCACUGAGAAAGAGAGAAGAGACAGGAAGUUAAAAAAAAUUGAUAAAAGUUCUCUGCAUAAAUCUUUCAGCAAGCAUAAUUGGUUAGAAAUUUUGACAAACCUUUCCCAAAAGAUAGUUGCAUUAUAUAUAAUGUCACACAUACGCAUGUACAAAAGGGACUGGUACUGAUCUUCUGUAACAUUAAUAGCAGAGAUUCGGCAAAAUGGAAAGCAAUUUGCUAAAUUGCUAUGUGUAGUUAGCACAAAAACUCCAUCACCACCAUGGCAUUAAUGAAAUUAAUAGAAUAUAAAAAGUGUACUUAAUAUACAGCCAGAUUUUAGAUAUGGAUCAUAUGGCUGUAUUUAGAACACAGUUGUUCCAAUUCAACCAUCUCUUCUAGGCUUGGGAGCUCUGAGGUGUACACGAAGCUCUCCUACCGCCGAAAUACUCCUUUGUGCUUUGAUCCUGCAUGCAUGCGAAUAUGCUUCCUCUGUUGAAGCUAGUAGGGCAAUCCUUAAGUGCUCCAUAUUUGCAUUUGAUGUAGAUAGAGUUCAGGCUUGGGAUUCUUAAGUACAUAGUCUUUAGGUGUACAUUUUGGCCAGUUGGCUGGUCCAAAGUUAGUGGGGUAUUGCAAUUGAUUGUUCACAAUCAGUUGUGCUGUUAAAGAAAACCCUUUCUAACAUUGGCAGCCUCAUCCUCCUGUAGAUCAAUGUAGCUGGAGUCCACCUGGGUUGCUGUAACUGCUGUGAGAACAAAUAGUGUUAUUCUAAAACAAUUGGCAUCCUGAAAUUGGGCAGCAUGGAAGGAAAAACUAUUAGUUUUUCUCUUACUGAGUUUUCUGUUAUCAGUGUAUUCAGCAUGGAGUGACAGACUCCUGGGAACCCACCCCACUCGUUGUAAAAACAUAAGUGCAUUUUAGCAACAUUUGGAAUAUGGCAAAAUGUUUUCACUACCUCUUGUUUAGCUUUAACAAUGUAGUGUGAAAAUGAUGGCAAACCAAAUCCAUUUGUUGGGAUAUAAGUAUUAACUGGAUAUGUGUUUGUUUCUGAGAACUACACAGCAGGGGUGCUGCAGUGGCAGAGCCUCCACCAACCAUAGAGUGUGUUGUGCAUGAGAAUCUUUGGUAGACCCCUGGGGAGUUGCUUUGCAUUGAGUGAUUCUUUUUUAAUGAGUAUUCCCCUCUGCCACAUUUCUUGGCUUUCAUGGUCGUUCUUCAAGAGUGUCUUCAUGUUGCGGGUCAGUUCUGUAUUUGAAUAAUUUUCUGUCUGAUACUGGACUGGCCAUGUAGUAAUAUUUUUAAGAACUAGAUUUCGGCCUGGACUCGCAAAAAGGUUGGAUCAGUAGGCCCAUUCUUCAGCAAAUGGUUCUUGAGAACCUCUCCCAGCUGGCCCUCCCAGCUUUGUUCCUCUCUGUUUUCCUGCUGUUUAUGUUAGCUGCCUGGUCCUGCAGUUGCCACCUUCGGUGUGGGCAGUUUGAAUGUGAAAAGGCAAAACGGGAUGCUAAUUGUCCCUGUGAGUGCAGGUGUGGGAUUGGUGAUAGCCUCUCACCAGACCAGGUGGGCUGAUCUGCCCACAGUUUGAACAGUUCUGCAAAACUAAUAUUUAGAUUCCAGUAUUUAGUGCCUCAUGAGAUUAGUCUAAAAGCAUUUCUUUUCAGAAUCAAAAUUGGGAAAUGUUGAAGAGGUCAGUACAACCCUAAGCAAAUGCUAAAAAUGGCACCACGUUCUCUUCCAUCCCAAACCAGACACCAUACUGGCCGUUACAGUAUGUCCUCCAGUCAAACAGUAGCUUUGUCCUGGUCUAUGCAUGCAACAGAGUGCAGUGGUAGAACCUUGAGAUGGUAGUGGGGACUCUACCACUUCAGGCUGCUAAUGGUGGCCCACCUUUUGAAUGCAACCUCAUGUUAGAAGAAAACAUGCCAGCAAGCAAGCAAUUCUCACAUGAAGACAGGUUUUAGGCCAGUCUGUGCUGCCUGGUUUUCUACUUGCAAGGAGAAUUUGGUUAUCUUUUUAAUCAUGACUGCGUUCAAAUCCCCCUCUCUUCCCACAGCUGAAAGUGGUACAGUUCAUUCUGCCAUCUCAUUUCUGCCUCAUCUUAGCUUGUACAGACCUUGCCCAAGUCUCCUGGAGGUGCCUGCACAUAGAUUGACCUUUGUGGCUCGUUCAUUGUACAGGGAAGCAAAAGUGUGAACACGUGGCCCAAACCCGUGGAGCAAAUAUAACCCUUUUGUGCUUAUAUGAGAAACGGGCUGCUAAUUGCUUGCGUUUGCUUGGCCCUCUUCGUUUCAGUAGGUUUCCACCUUCUGAUAAAUAAAUGACAUCAGCGAACUUCUAAGUUCUCCCUGCUUUGCAAUUGUUCUUGCAACCAAAGAAAAACCCAGCCAGAAAAGGGAGCAGAUCAGCUCAGCGGUGGCUGUUUCUUGCUACCUUUUUUCCAAAGGCAGUGAACAAGUAUCCAUUUUGAAUGCCUUUGUCAUUCUCAAAUUUGUUUUGCCUGCUGGUUUGAAUGUCUGUGUAAUGUCUGCUCUCUUUGGCUGUAACGUUUGGCCCUGAACUGAGUGCCCUGAACUGCAAACCUUCAAAUUCUAAUUUAACUCCUCUGACUUCCCCAACCAUGACGGCACUUCAUUCUGUUCCAUUCUCGUCUGCCCUUUCCUAGCUUUCUUCUUCCUCAGAUCUUAAUCAUUGUUCUUGGUUGUGAAUUUGGAAAUGGCCUAACUAUUGUUCUAACUGGCAAUAACAGAAUAACUUUUACUGUACUGAUGCCAAAUUGUGCUUGACAAUAAACCUCCCAAAGGGAAAAGUAUAUUUAGAAAAGGGGAAAUUAUACUGGGUUUCAUUAGGUAGUCAGUGAACCAUCAGAGCAGAGCUGGUUUAAAUGAUCCCACAAAGGGGCCAAAGCUCCAUCAUAUACAUGUUGUGACCAUCCAAAACUUGGCCUUUGUCCUCAUUGCUAGGAGUGAAAUAGAAGGGUUCCAUUUUUCUUGGUUGCUCAUUGUAUCAUAAAGUGCCUGGCUGCUCUUUAUUCGGCAUACAGCUGGCUUCUGUAGCCUUGAGACUCCCAGAGGUGAUUAUGCAAUCCGACCCAUGAAUUUUAGAAGUCGUUUUCUAAUUGGACAGCAAUGUAGCAUCUUGAGCAAUAACCAGUGCAGUGGGAGGAAAUCUCUUUUCACAGACUUGAGCAUCAUCUGUCUGUUUCCAAGCAAAUGAUAGCUUUGGCUUUUUACGUACCUGCCUUUAUGGGGUACAUGCAGCCAUCUGAUACCAUCUGAGCAGUAUGGGACACUUCAUCUGAAACAUGUUGAAUGCUUUGUUGAGUUUUUGAAGUCAGAAGAGCAUCUUGGAUGUCUCUCCAAAUUGAGUUACGUUUUAAUUUCCUUUAAACAUUCUGUUGCCAAGAAGGGAAGGCUUAGUCUGCAACAUUGUGAGUGCUCUUAUAAGAGAAAGAUGUGUUUUCUAGGUCCCCCUUUUCUAGAUUUCUUUCUUUGCAACAACUGACAUCACUCUGAGAAAUGGACAAUCUCUCCUAGGGGAACUAAGGGUUCUCCAACUUCCAAAAGCUUGCCACAAACCCAUCUGGUCUCCUUGCACAAAGUGGUACCUUCACAUUGUCCAUGUAGUGUCAAAUCCUAAAACAGAAAGGUUUUUGGAAGGAUAAAAAUGAAAUUUUAGCAUUCUGUUCGUGUGCAGAGAGCACAGUUCUUACAAAAUCCUGUUUUGUCAUAGAUGGGAACACAUUUCAACAGUAAUCCAGGUCAUGCAAAGAUGUGUGGUUUGUUUUUUUACAAAAUCGAUUCAAAGUAAAACUGAAGCAAACUUGGAUAGUUUAAUUCCUGCAACUGUAUGAGGGAAAGGGGAGCUAGAUUUGGAGAACCUUGCUUUAUCAAGAAUGGCUUCUAUUUGGUGUGUUUUAUGAUGUUAAUACUUAUUUUAAAAAGACAUUGAUUUCUUAAUUUAUGCUGCAAAUGUCAUAGAAACUUUUUAUAAAAACAGUGAAAUAUUUAUAGACCGAAGGCUCUGCUAACCACCUAAGAGUGUUCAGAUAGUAUACAUGUCUGGGGAGUUGUCAUCAUGUUUUUAAAUACAUAUAUAUAUAUAUAUAUAUAUAUUGUAAGAGAUUGCAUUUUACAGGAGUUAACUUUCAAAUAUUACUGUAUCAGAUGUUUACAUUUUUAAAAAGGAUUUAAAAAAUAAUUUUGGCGGUAUCAAUCUGCAGUGUUUUUAGCAAUUCUGUUAAGGAGUCAUCUAAAUGCAAAGAGGAGUUGAGCAUGUACAGUUUAGUGUAUUGAGUAUUGGCCCACAGAAAAUUCAUAUGGCUCUUGGGAGAAAAGCUAGUGGCACAAUCCAUGUUAAAUGCCUCUUGCACAAGGUGCAUGAAAACGACCAGAGGUGCUCAUGUCCUUUUGCCUGGCCACACUUCAUUGGUUAUAAAGAAGCAUGGAAAGAUUUUCUGCCAGACAGAGACCUUGUAUUUUCCAGCUGAAUUUGCUGUCAUGGCCUUAAUCUAUAGUAUUUUAUCAGAUGGUGCUUAUAAACACGUUUUAUGCAUGGAUGUGGGUACAUCAUAUCUGAUAUUAAGCAAACUGGAAACCACGAAAUAAUUUUGCUGUAUACCAGCUAUGAGGUCUGUGCAUUUUCCAUCUAAUAUUAAUAGUACAGGGAAAAAAAUAAUUGUCUUUAUUAAACUGCAGUUCCUGCCUUGCCUGUCUCCAUUCCUCCCCAAAGGUGAGUGCUUUGAGUGUGGUUGAAUGAAAUGUUGUCAGUAUUCAAAUAUGUUAAUAAUGUAUCACUUUGUUAAAGUUUUGACAUUUGUUGCUGUUUCACAUAGUUUGACAAAUUCUCACGGAGUCCCCACCCCCACCCCCUUUAAGUGGGUAUUCAUUCAUCCAGCAUGUUUUCAUAACCAAGGGUGUUCUUUGUUUGCUUAGUUUCCCCCUCUAUGCCCAGAGAUAUCUGAUGCACGUUCAGCAUCUAUAACAGCAACCAUUUUGUUUUAGAAAUACCAGUUUUUACAUUUAAGCUUGGAAGGAGUAGCAGAGCUGCGUGCCCAAAGUCUCUUGUAUCUGUCUUACGUAAUCUCAAAACUGUAAAAUAUUCCACCAAAAAAAAAAAAACCUGGGGGCGGGGGUGUUCACAAAACCAGAUUUGAGCUGAUAUUGUUUUGCUUCUAUUUUCAUUUCAGGGGAUGCUCUAUGUUUAUAUCUUUACAUCCGCUCUCUCAGGUCCCUUUAAAAUGAAAUGCUUCAGGGAUUUUUAAUGCCACUUGACGAUGGCAGACCAAAUGUAAUAUUUAUAUGCAAUGAGCUAUUAGUUUUUUGUAUUGUAAAAAAUGUACAUUUGUAAAGAAUUUUUCUAGAGGGGUUUUGUUUGGGAGGGUGGGUCCUGAGGGGAAGUUGCUUAAUGUAAUUUAGGCUGUUCAUUUUUCCAGCUGUGGGAUUAUCCUAAUUA